UUUCAUAAUUAUUAAUUAUUAUAUUCAUAAUUAUUUGAAACUUUGAAUGUAAUAAAUUAUUUCAUCUAUUUAAUUAUCAGUCUUGGGUUUUUUUUUAUGGCUGUGGUGUCACUGUAUUACCUAUUAAUCCCCUCCAUUGUUCAUUGUAAAUUGUUAACAAAUUUGAAUUAUAACAUGAUAUAAUGUAAACUAUAUCUUGAAUUAUAUUUAUUCAUGAUUCAAUUAUUAUUAUUUAUUUUAUUAACCCGAUUCAUCUUGAUUCCUAUCUUUUAGUGUCUAGGGUGCUGGGUAUCUGCUGAUGUUAACAUUUUUAAUGACAAAUUACCUGCAAUUAGCAGUAUUGACUGUGUUAGAAAUUAGUUAGGUAAUUGAAUACAGACUACUAUUAUAGAAGACUAUUAAACUACUAACACAUAAGUAAAAUUAAUUUUAAACUCGAUAAUGAAUGUUAACUGAUCAUAAUCAUUUUUUGUAUAUCUAAAUGAAAUGUGUAUAAUCUAAGUCGUUGUGUUUAUAUAAUUUUGACAUUUGGUUGCUAUAGCUAUGCAGAUACCUAAUCUAUAAGACAUUUGAUUUUUUCUGAAAUUAUUUGAAAUGAGUUCAUAUCUUGAAUAUAAGGUAAAAACUAACCAAAAUCAUUUAAUUACUGGCAUAAGUUACCACCGCCAACUUGGUCUGUUGGCAAUAAUAUCAUGUACUGAAAAUGACGAAGCACAAAUUCUUAUAUGCGAUGAAUUAGGUGAGGAUUUGCACAAUUCUGGACCAAAUGUUUGUAAAGGCCACAUAUCUUCAUUUUGCUGGCAUCCCACUCAGCGUACAUUAGCUAUUGGCUCAAAAUCUGGAGAACUAUAUAUAUGGAAUGGCGGAUUAGUAACUGCCUUAGACUCUAUUCACAAAGAAACUAUUGUAUUUUCUAAAUGGUCAUCACUUGGUGGAUGUUUAGUAACUGGAGAUCAGACUGGUAUUAUAAUCGGAUGGAAGUCUGAUAGUCGAGGUUUGCUUAAAAUGUCAUUUAAGUCAAAUGUCGAAGCUAUUUUAUCUAACGAAAUUUCAUUUAGAGCUGGAAAAGCUGCUACUGAUAUUUCUAAUUUAGCCAAAAUGGCAGUAGCUGGUGACCAAAGUGCCUUAGAUAUAUUUAGUUCUUGGCGGCCUCGUACAACUACGUCGCAUGGUCCACGCACUGUAACUUCAGACAAUAUAACAUUUUACUGUGCUGCAGUGACUGGAGAACUAUAUUAUUUUGAUGAAGAUGGAGAAUUCAGCAUUGUACUUAUACCCAAAUCGAUUAUUUUAAGAAUUUUAUGCCAUGAAUCAAAAGAUAUUUGUAUUUUAGUAUGCAAGGACUUAACUGUAGCCUAUUAUAAAUGUCAUAAAAAUGGUUCAUUAAGUGAAGUUUCUAAGGUUAAGUUAAAUGGGUUGAAAGAAGAUAUGUGUAUCAUUUGGGCAGGUCCAUUUUUAUUAGCAUGUACAACAAACGAUGUGUCUAUUCGUUUCUGGGAUAUUGAGUCUGGAAACAGUUAUGUUUUAACUGCGCCGGUCUCUUAUGCGUCCUCAUACCCUAAACAAACAUUUAUAAAUAUUUCUUAUUCAGUGGAAAAAGGAUUAUUGUGUGGGGCAACAAAUCUUGGAAAUAUUAUUAUUUGGCGUUAUGAAGAAGAAACUGUUGACCAAUGGAAUAUUCAUGGUUCAUGUAAAAUUCAAGAUACCAUAAAAUACUGUGUUUGGAGUCCAUUAAAUUUAGCAGUACAUGCUACAGAUGGUAUUUAUAUUUUACGCGAGCAUGCAUUGUUGGCAACGUACAAAGAAGACAUGGCUAUUGUACAAAUGUCUGCAAAUGAUCUUAAUGUGUUUCACUCUAGUACAGAUGAAUCAUUUAGUUUAAAUACUAAUAUACAAGUUAUAGGCCUAGCUUUGAACAAAGAACAUAUAUGUUUAUGGAAUGGGAAAUCAAUAUCAGUUUAUAACAUUAAAUCUAAAGAAAACCCUACAGUAGUUGGAACUUUCAAUUGUGAUGUGCAAGAAGCUUGUAUUUAUGAUAGAAUUGUAAUUGUGGCUGAGAAUUGUGGAAAAUUACAAAUAAGAACAUUUCAAGGUACCAUUAAACAGACAUUGGAUGUUGAAGCACCAAUAGUUUGUCUCACUUUAAAUACUUGCUAUUUAGCAGCUGUCACAUUAUCUGGAGUUAUUCAUAUCUGGGAUUUAAAUAGAAGGGAAGCAAAAUCAAUGUGUAAACCUAAAGAUAUAACACUAAAUAUAGAUGAUUAUGGCGAAGCUAUUCAGUUACGUUUGAACAGUAAUGGUACUAAAGUAUCGUUUACUGCAGCAAACUUAAAUUUAGUACCAAUGCCACGGUUAUAUGUUUGGGAUCGAGAUUUAGACAUAAUUUAUGUGAAACAUUUUGAAAAGGGUUUAGACAUGGAUGAAAUACAAUAUAAUGAUACAAGAUUUAUUGUUUCUCACUAUUGGGAUACAAACGAGCCAAAUUUAUUAUUUUGUGAAGCGAAAAGUAUUGACAAACCAGAAAGUAAAUCAUCAAAACCAAGUUUAUAUACAUUAGCAAAUAGACAGAAAAAAAAUAAAAUGAUUGGUUCAUCUGUCAUACUAAGUAUGUUCUUUAUUGAACAAAAAGGAAUUAAAAUUCAAGAUAUUAUACAUUGCUCCGAUCAAUUUUGUACAUUACUAGGACUUGAUGCUCCGUAUUAUAUAACAUUAUGCAAACGCAAUACAAAUUCUAAAACCCGUGUUAAGCGUAUUCUCAUGAAGGAAUUUGAAGGAAUUGAAGACUGUAAUUCUGAUAUUCGAGCAGCUAUUAUCAACUUUGGUUAUAAUUUAUGUCUUGGAGACUUGGAUCUAGCUUUCAAUUUUAUUACUAACAUUAAAAGUCCUGCUGUCUGGACAAGUUUGGCUAAAAUGUGUGUAAAAACAAAACGUUUGGAUGUAGCUGAAAUAUGUCUGGGUCACAUGAAUGAUUGUAGAGGAUUAGCCAUUUUGCGUUCAAUAAAUAAAGAGCCAGAACUGGAUGCAAGAGUGGCUUGUCUUGCUGUGCAUCUAGGAAUGUAUGACGAAGCUGAGGAAUUGUACAAAUGUUGUAAUCGCUACGAUCUUCUAAAUAGAUUCUAUAGGGCUAGAAAUCAAAUAACAGCAUCUUUAGAUGUGGCUGAGACAAAAGAUCGUAUACAUCUUAGAAAUACAUAUUAUAAUGUAGGUCACAACUUAGAAAAUAAAGGUGAUGUAGCUGGGGCAGCUGCUAUGUAUUGUAAGUCAGAAACACAUGGACUUACUAUACCAAAGAUGUUAUUAGAUGAUCCAGUUACUUUAGAAAAUUACAUAAUUAAAAAUAAAAAUGUAGUGUUAUUGAAAUGGUGGGCUCAGUAUUUAGAAGGUAGUGGUAAUAUGGAUGGUGCAAUUAAGUAUUAUCAACAAGCAAAUGAUGAUUUGUCUACAGUUCGCAUAUUAUGUUAUCUUGGUCAUAUGGAGCAAGCCGCUCAAAUUUGUAUGAACACCAGCAAUAAAGCUGCUUGUUGUCAUCUCGCAAGAUCAUAUGAAAUGCAAGGGCUGUAUGAAGAAGCUGUAAAAAUGUAUGUUGAUGCCACAGCAUAUGUAAAUGCAAUUCGUUUAUGUAAGGAGCAGUUUUUUGACAACCAUCUUUGGAAUAUUGCUUUAUUAGCAGAUGUCAGAGAAAAGCUAGGUGUAGCCCAGUAUUUUGAAGAAAUUUCACCCGAUAAAUCAGUCAUACUAUAUCAUCAAGCUGGUUAUUUACAUAAAGCUAUUGAUUUGGCCUUUAAAUGUAAAAACUAUGAUGCAAUUGUUACAAUGUCUCAAGAACUGAACAUAGAAGAUGAUUCAAUUUUAUUAUUAAAAUGUUCAAAUUUCUUUAUGAGUCAAGGACAUUAUGACAAUGCAGUUAAUUUAUUAGCAAUGGCAAACAAAUUUGAAGAAGCUGUGGAACAAUGUCAAGAGCACAAAGUAAUUAUUACUGAAGCACUUGGAAAUCGUCUUACACCACCAUCUGAUCAUGCAAAGCGUACUGCUAUAUUAGAGAAACUGGCUGAGUGCGCUUUAAUGCAAGCCAGCUACCAUAUAGCAGCAAAAAAAUUCACCCAGGCUGGACAAAAGAUAAAAGCAAUGAAAGCGUUAUUAAAAUCAGGGGACACAGAAAAAAUUAUAUUUUAUGCUAAUGUAUCCAGACAGCAUGAAAUCUAUAUUAUGGCCGCAAAUUAUUUACAAACACUUGAUUGGCAAGAGCGUCCAGAAUUUUUAAAAACUAUUGUAUCAUUCUACAACAAAGGAAAGGCCCCUCAUCUUUUGGCUAAUUUCUACAUUUCUUGUGCUCAACUUGAAGUUGACGAGUAUCGCAAUUACAGUAAAGCUGUAGGUGCUUUAUCAGAGGCAUUGAAGGUAUUGUCUAAAGACAGUGAUCAGUAUAAAACACUAAUUGAAGAUAUUGCAAAAAAAAUAACUUUAGUAAAAAAAUUUCUUGAUGUUAAGAGACAAAUUGACAGUGGUGAUGGUGAUUCAGCUAUGACAUUAUGUCGACAAAUUUUGUCAGCUCCCAAUAUGGAUAUACUUAGAUAUGGUGAUGUAUAUUCAAUGAUGGUAGAAUAUUAUACAACUCAAGGCGAAAAUAAAAUAGCAGUUCAAUUGGUGAAUGAGCUGUUGGCUCGCACUCAACAAAAAGAUAAUUUACUCUUCUAUAUUGAUAAAGAUAUUCUUCGAAAAUUAGGUUUUCAAAAGGAAUCCAUUAAAGAAAAUAGCAUUGACGAAGAAGAAGAAAUUCCUGAAGCAUAAAUGCCCUGAUAUUUUGGAUUAUUAAUGUUAAAAUAAUGUACUACAAGCUAUUAAGCAGCAAAACUGCAUGUCUUACUUAGUCAUUAGUUAUAACUUAUUAAUAACUGUCAUUUUUGAUUAGCAUAUGGAAUCAAGAGCGGAAUAUAAUUCCCUUAAUUAUUAAAAAUCAGCAUCGUAAAAAUGUUUUUAACUUAAGUGCCCUCUCCGUACGGAAUAACUGGAUCUCCCCUUGUUUGGAAAUGGAGUUGUCUGUACGAUUAUAUUAGUAAUUAUACCAAUAACUAAUAAGAUUAUUUUAUGCUUUGAAUUGUUUUUAUAAAAACUUGAAUUGAUCUCAUAAGCCAGAUUUUAACUAUAUCAUAUGGCAGCAUAGUUAUAUAGCAUGUGGUUCAAAAUUUCUCUACCAUACUUAAAUUAUGUAAGUACUUAACAUUUUAGAAUAAUUUAUAUAAUGUAAAAUUAUGAACAAUUAAAAUUAAAAUAUAUUACCUAUCAAGCAAAUUUGUUGAUAAUUCACACUGAUUCAAAUUGUCUUUUUUUUUAAAACUCCUUUGAAUUUUAAUUCUUUUAAAACAUUAGCAGUGAAUUUUGACAGUUAUCCCUGUUUUCACGCAUGUUGUACAUCAAAACUCUUAAUAGUAUUUCACCCAUACAGGUAUUAGAUUAGAGUUUUAAGUGAUACAAUUGUACAUUAUUAUUAGGGUUUGGAUUUUUUUUUUUAAAUUUGCCUGGAACGGUUUCCUAGCUACAAAUAUGUGUCAAAGAAAAGUAUUCUAACAUUUUUUUUAAAAUGAUUUUCUUACUUUUAAAUUUUUUGUUUCAGAUUGAAUCCAAAAUUAUAAGAAAAAAAAUGUUUUUUCUAAGUUUAACAGGAUAACCCAUUAUUUUAAUAAAUGCAAUACAUUUAUUGUAUUAUAAAAAUUAUUUUAGGUACAUAUUUUGGGGCUUAUAGAAUAGACUAUAGAGUAAUACAUGAUGGUUUAUAGAUGGAUAGAUUUAUUUUUUAAAUUAAUUUAGAGAAUUGAAAUGUGAGCCUUACAUAUUAUGCUUAUUCAACUCUUAUCAUUGAUUAUACAAUUUACUUAUCGAUAAUAGUAUACAACCAUGAUUUGGAAAUAUAUAGCCAAGUAUCCAAAUAGGAUAAUCGACAAUAGUUAUUAGUUAUUACAGUAUACCAAUACAACUUGUCGUUUUGAAAUGUUUUAAUAAUACUUUAAAUACAAUUUAUAUUCUAAUGAAUAUUCAAUAUAUUAUACCUACUAAACAUAUUACAAGACUAUAAUAAAUGUACAACAAAAUAUUCAAAAAGUAAUUCACUUUCAGGAAAUAUACUAUAUUAUAUAGUGAAGAUUUUAUCAAGGCCAACAACACCACGUGACAUUAACAACUGUUAAUUAAAAAAAAAAAUCAUGGAAUACUACAGAAGUAAUAAAAAAAAAAAUAA